GGCGGGCGGGGGCGGCUCCCGCUGCCCCGCUCCCCCGCUCCCCGCCGCCCCCGGCCCCGCCGCUGCCCCGGGCCGCCGGUGCCGAUGGAGGCCGGCGCGGCCGCCCCCCCCCGCGGCCCCGGGCCGGCCUGAGCCGCGAUGCGAUGGAGAAGCUGGCGGCGGGGCUGGCCCGGCUCCGCUGGAGCCCCGCGGCGCUGCCCCUCGACACCAUCGUCAGCCAGUGCCGCCUGCCCACCCUCGUCUGCCUGGGGCACGGCGAGCGCGUGGAGGGCGUGAGCGCCCAGGACGUGCUGCUGGUGCACUCCUGCCGGCAGUGGACCACGGUGACAGCCCACAGCCUGGAGGAGGGGCACUACGUCAUCGGGCCCAAGAUCGACAUCCCGCUCCAGUACCCAGGGAAGUUCAAGCUGCUGGAGCAGGACCGGGACCUCCGUGAGCCCGUGCAGUACUUCAACAGCGUGGAGGAGGUGGCCAGCAUCUUCCCGGACCGCGUCUUCGUCAUGGAGGCCAUCACCUUCAGCGUGAAGGUGGUGUCGGGGGAGUUCAGCGAGGACAGCGAGGUGUACAACUUCACGCUGCACGCGGGGGACGAGCUGACGCUGAUGGGCCAGGCGGAGAUCCUCUGCGCCAAGACGGUGAAGGAGAAGUCGCGCUUCAACACGCUGCUGCGCAAGCUGGGCAAGGCGGCGCCAGCGGGCGCGGGCAGGCAGGUGAAGGGCAAGAUGCCGUGUCUGAUCUGCAUGAACCACCGCACCAACGAGAGCCUCAGCCUCCCAUUCCAGUGCAAGGGCCGCUUCAGCACCCGCAGCCCGCUGGAGCUGCGCCUGCAGGAGGGCGAGCACACCAUCCGCAGCAUCAUCGAGAAGGUGCGGCUGCCGGUCAACGUGGCCGUGCCCAGCCGCCCCGCGCGCAACCCCUACGACCUGCACGCCAUCCGCGAGGGCCACUGCUACAAGCUGGUCAGCAUCAUCUCCAAGACGGUGGUUUUGUGCUGCAUCCUCCGCCGGGACGAGCUGGUCCCAUUCCACUUCCUGCUGCUGACGGACAUGCCGCGCUUCCAGCUGCCCGAGGGGCUCCUCGCCGGGGACCCGCAGCUGGACAAGCUGCUGCGGGACAGCGCCGCGUAUUGCCAUGACCGCUUCAACCCCGACGAGUACUCGAGAGCCGUGCGGGAGGCCAAGCCCGACUUCUCGGAGGAAUGUGCCAGCCCGCGGCGCCUGCGGCUCUGCCUGCCGGCCCGCGCCCGCGAGGAGCUGAGCCAGCCCCUGCAGCGCCUGUCGCUCUGCCCCUGCGGCACCGGCGGCCCCCGCGAGCCCCCCGCGCGCUGCCCGGGACCGUGGGGCGUCACCGGGGGAGCCCCGCGCCCGCCGCUGCCCGACUUCCCCGACCCCGACCGCGAAUACGUGACGCCCGACUGGGCCGAGCCCGAGUUCAGGACUCAGGAGCUGCUGGAGAUCCCGUACGAGGAGCUCUGGAGCAACCCCGGCACCGAGCGCUGCUGCGAGCCGGGCCCCCGGCAGGACCUCGUCUCCGUGGGGACCGUCACCCCGCUGGGCUCCUCGCAGCGCCCCGGGGACCAGCCCCGCGGGGACACCCCGCCCCCCGUGCCACCCAAAUCGGAGGCGGUGAAGGAGGAGUGCCGGCUGCUGAACGCCCCCCCUGUGCCGCCCCGGGGCGGCCGCCCCCCGGCGCCCUGCAGCCCCCCGGCCCCGCUGCACUGCCCCGCGCUGGCACCCGCACCUUCACCCAGCCCCAGCCUCUCCUACUACUCCUCGGGGCUCCAGGACGGGUCGGUUCCCCGCAGCGGUUCCCCCUCGCCCGACACCUACUCCCUGUACUGCUACCCCUGCACCUGGGGCGACUGCAGAGCUGGGGAGGCCCCUGGGCGCCCGCUGCCCCCCAGCGCGCCGCCGCCCGCCCCCCAGCCCACCUGGGCGGACCCCUGGGCGUUCGUGGAGGCGGGUGCUGGGGGGGGCAGCGGCUGCUCGACCCCACUGCCGGGGACUGAGCCCCCCCUGAAGCCCCACCGCAGCUGCCCCCGCCUCAAGCCCUUGCACCCCCAAAAGCGCUUCGCACCCUUUGGGGCGCUCAACCCCUUCUCCAGCCCGGCCGAGUGGCCGGAGAGCCCCGAGUGGCCCAAACCUCCUUCGGCCCCCUCCGCGCCCCCCUCCUGCUCCUCUCCUGAGCCCUUCGCCCCCACGGAGGAGCCGGCGCCCCCCCCUCGCCCGCCCAAGGGUUUCGAGGGGGACAGCAUCGUCAUCCGCGGGGCCGCCCCGCUCCCCAGCGCCGUCGUGCGCGGGGCCGAGGGCGUCACCCGCGUCUACCUGGCGCAGGGCGUCAUCGAGGUGCCCCCGGCCGCGAGGGGUGACGGGGGGGCCCCGCCAGCCGCCCCCCGGCCCAGCGGGGACGGCUCGCCCUGGCUGCCCCCCGCCGACCUCUCGGCGCUGUCGCUGGAGGAGGUGUCCAAGUGCCUGCGCUUCAUCGGCCUCUCCGAGGACGUCGUCAGCUUCUUCGCCCGCGAGCGCAUCGACGGCAGCAUCUUCGUGCAGCUCAGCGAGGAGAUCCUGGCCGACGACUUCCGCCUCACCAAGCUCCAGGUGAAGAAGAUCAUGCAGUUCAUCAAGGGCUGGCGCCCCAAGAUCUAGCUGAAUCCCGGGGACCCCCGGCCCCUGGACCGGGGCUCUGGCUCCCCCCGCUCCCGGCCCCGCUCCGGGGGUGCCCGAGGUGGGUUUUCCUCCCCCCGGCAGCUCGGCCCUAUUGCCCAGCCCACCUCCCUUCCCGUUUUAACACUGGAUGGUAAUUUUGGCCCAAACGGGCUGGAAAAUCCUGAAGUUUGCAUUGAACUGGUUUUAACUUAAUCCUUGUGGAUUAGCGUAAUAAACGUACAGAAGAAAAUCAGGGCA